AUGUCGUUCCUUGAUCUCUUGGCUAUCCUGUACUGGGUGUUAGCGGCAGGGAAGAUUCUGCAGGGAUGUCUGAUGCUGCUGACGGGUAGUGGUUGGGGGGAGAAGAAGGAUGAGUCCAAGGGAAAGGUGGAAAUGGUUCCUUCGCUUCAAGUCCUAAUUCGCUUGCUUGAGUUUGUAUUGGGACAAGAGCAAGAGCUGUCACUGAUUCCACGGAAGGAGCUCCGAGCCAUUACGGAUCCUUGGUUGCAAAAUUACACCGAAAAGCACGCCCUGAAGCGCUCGUCUUCGACUCUUGCCAAGCGCUUCACGUCCCUUUACGAGGCCAAGAGAGAUUUCUUCCAAGAGUUUUGCCAAGAAUCGACUGGAAUCCAUGUGGACCUGACCAACAUUGCAGUCCCAUUCUUGAACCAUCCGAUGGGGUUGGUAUCCCUUUUCAACUUUUCAAUCUUUCUUGCUUCCGUCCCGUUGCUUUUGGUGAGGGAAUUUUGCAUCUCUCGUAGUUGGAACGCACCCAAUAUAUUGAUUUGUAAGCUCGCUGCCUCCAAGACCAUUACCGAUGUGUACGUCUUGGGCUGCAAACAUCAAAUCGAUUUUGAGACGACUCUGCACCGAUAUCCUCUCACGGCCGAACUAUUCAACAAUAAUCAGAUCCAUCCUCUUGUGGGGAGGGCUGCUUGCCCCCUCUACAAACGCGAAAUUGUCUUUCCCGAAGGCGACUGCAUGGAUUUUGAAUUCGACUUUAUUCGAGUCCCCGGUGGGCAAGCGUUUCUUCGGCAACACCAUGCCAGUGCUUUGUGGAAUCUUUGGGAGGACACUCUGUUGUCCCAUUACAUUCUCGUGGCGGGAGGGAUCCUUCUGCUUUGGAGCCAUGGAUUGGCUCAAUUCGUCCAGGUUCUGGCGCUACCAAUGACAGCCUUCUAUUCCAUUCGCACCUGCGUGGAUGCGUACUUUCAGAUACCUCAUGAUCCUUGCCAUCAUUACAGUCUUUGA